AUAUUAGUGAUAAUGAAUACGCGAGUGUUGUCCGUUUUGAUGUGGAAACAUGCGAUGGUUAGGAAACGAAGGUUUAUCCAGACUGCUGUGGAAUUUGCGUCGCCACUCAUGUUCUUCUUAUUAUUAUUUGCUUUCAAAAAUCAAAUAAUACGGAAGCCGUCUGCAGAACAAAGAGACCCAGUGGCCAACACGGAAAUAGUGCCUAUAACAGAAUUCCCGGCUCCGUAUUGGAUCCUAUACUACCCUGACACGCCGCUCACCGAGACUCUCAUGAAUGAAGUGGGCCUCAAACUCAAUAUGAGAAAGCUUAACAAGUAUCCUGAUUACACCGUUAAAGGUUACUUUCCGGCUGCAAAUGAAAGUCUUAUCGCCGAAUUCGCGUCCAAAAUGAGGUUAAAGGAAGCUAUCGUUAUUUUUCAAAAAAUGUCCGGCGAGACGUGGCCGGACAGACUGAACUACACGAUACGUAUAAAGGAUGACUUCGGGAUCGACUCGUAUGAGAGCCUCGACGUCAAUCCCGGACCACACAGAAUGUUUGGUAUAAAAUACGAGAUGUUCAUGCGUAUUCAGUGGGCGAUCGACAUAAGCUACCUCAAACUCCUGACGAGCACUGAAAUUACUCAGGAACUUACGACACAAGAGUUCCCGUACUAUCAGGCUCAGAACAACGAGAAUAUAAGCAUCGUCUGCUUGCUCCUGAAGACGGUAUGCUGGAUCUCUAUGAUGCUGCCGUUCAUAUUCCUCAUGGGGCGGCUCCUGCAAGAACGUGCCACCGGCAUACAGGAACUGAUAAAAAUGGUGGGAGUUUCGCAAAACAUUCUAGGGGUGUCACACUUCCUAAACGUGUUGCUGAGCGGGCUGGUGUUCUCCAUCGGAGGUGCCAUUCUGCUGAAGACGACCUCCACACCUCUCAUCAACAACUCCAACGGAGUCCUCAUAUUCCUGAUGCUGCUUCUCUACUUCAACACCGUCAUGGCUAUGGCCUUCGUCUGCAGCUACGUUUCGAAAGGAACGCAGUACGUGGCGACGCUGUCAGUGCUGGCGUACGUGGUGCUGUGGAUCCCGGCGCGGGUGCAGCUGGACUACGACCUGCCGUACGUGGUCACGCUGGCCACCGGCCUCCUGCCACACGUGCCCAUGCACUGGUUCUGGCAGGAAGUCUCCGUGCUCGAGAUGUACGGUAGCGGAGUAUACUUCAGUAAUAUGCUAACAGCGAAAGCAAACUCCAACGCGUCAGUGUUCCUGAGCUUCGUGUUCAUGUUGGUGCAGGCCGGGCUGCUGUAUGCCCUCACCUGGUACCUGUCUCUGGUGGCGCCCGGCCAGUACGGACAGGCUCUACCCUGGAACUUCCUCUUCAAGCGGUCUCGCAAGAUUAAAAAAGAGAAGGACGUAAAGAGUGUAGAUUCGUAUGAUGAGUUCGGAUACCCGAUACAGUACAUACCCAGCUUCGAAGCGAGAAGAUAUAUAACGGCAGUCGAACUGGAGAACAAUUUCACGCAGUAUAACGUCACGGAUACUCAAUAUUGGAGUAAGAAUGAGGUGAUCCCGGAUAUGGAGUCUGAAGAGGAGGACCCGAUGGCUCAGGACCCGCGGUUCUUCGAGUCUCCGCCUGCGAACGCAGAGAUUGGCAUCAAAAUUGUCAACGUUUCAAAGGUAUACCCGAAGCAGCGAGUGUUACGCAAUGUGUCGCUGGAGGUGUACAAGGGGGAGAUCACGGUGUUGCUGGGACACAAUGGCGCCGGGAAGACCACGCUCAUGUCCAUCAUCACUGGUAUGACGAGUGCCACGGAGGGCACCGUGUACGUGAACGGCAAGGACACGCUGCGCCAGCGCGACGAGGUCCGGCAGAACCUCGGCCUCUGUCCGCAACACAACCUCUUCUUCCCCGACCUCAGCCUACGGGAGCAUAUCAUGUUCUUCACUAUGUUGAAGCGCGGCACGUACGGGGAGGCGCGCGCGUCGUCCCGGCAGCUGGCGACGCAGCUGGGGCUGCAGGCCAAGCUGGGCGCGCAGUGCCGCCAGCUGUCGGGCGGCAUGCAGCGCCGCGCGCAGCUCGCCUGCGCCCUGGCCGGCGGCGCCACCGUCCUCAUACUCGACGAGCCCACCUCCGGACUCGACGUCGAGACGAGGCGGGAGCUCUGGGACCUGCUACUGUCCCUCCGCGGCGAGCGCACGGUGCUACUGACGACGCACUUCAUGGAGGAGGCGGACGCGCUGGGGGACCGCGUGGCCGCGCUGCAUGCAGGCCUACUGCGCUGCCACGCCACCACCAUGCAUCUCAAGCGGGCCGUCGGUACCGGCUACAGGUUAUCGUUCACAACAAUUGGGUCGCCCAAAGAACAGGCGAUCACGAAAGUAGUGACGUCACAGGUGGCGGACUCUACUCUUAAAGAGAAGACAAUAAACUCACUCUCUUACAACCUGCCGGCUGCUAAUGUCAAGAAGUUCCCGCAGCUGUUCUCAGCGUUAGAAGAGAAGCGAUCAGAACUGGGCAUCGAUUCCAUCGGGGUGGGCGUCUCUACCCUCGAAGAGGUGUUUUUGAAGUUGUGCAGCGAUGUGGACAACACAAUGUCUGAAGAUGAAGUGGAUGGCCAUGGUGGACCAGAUAUGUCUCAGGAGCGUCUGACCGGUGCCUUCCUGUACAUGCGACAACUGAAGGUGCUGUUGAUACGGCAGGUCAAGUACGCCAUACACAAGAAGUGGUCUUUUCUCUCACUGCAACUGGUGUUUCCAAUCCUAACGAUUAUCGCGAUGACACAUUUUACGAACAACUCGCAAUUACAAGAAAAUUCGGACGGAACUCUGCGUCUGAACCUGGACCUGUACGGUGACCGGCCGGACCACCGCGUGCUACUGAGUCUACGGGGCGACGGACUCGAUGCCAAAGCCUUCGCUAAACAUUACCCGCGACUCAAAUUCGAAGAAACAACUGAUGUAGCUGAGGCGGUGCUGAAAACUGGUGAGAAAGACGUGUUGGAGUACAACAAGUACAUGAUCGGAAUCGAACUCAAUGACACGGCAGCCAAGAUCCUGUACACGACGACGGUGCGUCACGCGGCGCCGGUGGCGCUGAACGUGCUGAGCAACGUGUUGGCGGCGCGCCUGCUGCCGUGGGCCGACGGCCGGACGCUGGCCGCGUCCAUCCAGCCCGUGCCCAGCGACGCCGCGCUCGCCGCCGACGUCGGCAUGCCCAAGAACAUGGUCACGCUCAUCACGUGGGGCAUGUGUAUCACGUUCAUAAUCCUGGCGACGAACAUCAACAGUAUCUCGCUGGUGUGCAAGGAGCGGGUGUCGGGCGCGCGCCACAUCCACGUGAUGUGCGGCUGCCCGGGCGAGCUGCACUGGGCCGCCACGCUGGCCGCGCACGCCGCCGUGGCCGCCCUCACCCUCGUGCUGCCCUCUGUCCUCGCCGCGCGACUGCUGGACCAGGACCGCACCAUCGACCAGCUCGACUUCCUCGGGACUCUGGCGUUCAUCUUGAUGCUGUGUAGCCUGGCAUUCUUCGCGUUCAUGUACCUCAUCAGCUUCAACUUCGGCGAGCGGUCCAGCAGCCUCAUACUCGUCAUCUGCAUCAUCAUAUUCGGCUUACUGACGCCCUUCAUGGAGGCGGCACAAAAACUGUUCUCCAACUCCCCUAGCGGUUGGAUACACAUGGCCCUGGUAACGUGUGGGUAUGUGAUGCCCCCCCACACGGGCGUGACGGCAGUGUUGCAGGCGCUCAAUGUCUGUAACCUCAACGCCAUGUGCAAUUAUUUACGCGCCAAGAAAUUCUGCCCGGCAGCUUACGCCAAUGAGAACGGUUUGGACACGGAAAAGUGUUGCGCCGGCGAGAACCCGCGCUGCUACUUCUGCCUCGACGACUUCUCUCCUGGCCACAACAUGAUUGUACUCUUUCUGCAGUUCACUGUCCUCAUGGCGAUGGUGUUCCUGACGGAGCGCGGUUUCUUCAACGGCCUGGUGAACAAGCUGGCCAACCUGCGCUACCAGCCCACCGCGGACGCGCACGCGGAUGAAAUGGUGCGCGCUGAGAAAGCAUACGUCAGUCGAGCCAUCACACUACCUUCGAAACAGAUCCCGGACGCGAUGUUAGUGGAUGACAUCCACAAGAACUACGUGUCGAUAUUCAAGAAGAGUGUCAACGCUGUCAAGGGUGUCAGCUUUAGCGUCAAAAAAGGUGAAUGCUUCGGUCUGCUGGGUGUGAACGGCGCGGGCAAGUCCAGCACGUUCAAGAUGCUGACUGCGGAGGAGAGCGCCACCAGGGGGGACAUCUUCGGGAACGGGUACCGCCUCACACGGGGGAACCCACAGUACCUACAGACGCUGGGCUACUGCCCCCAGUUCUUCGGGCUGGACAUGUUCCAGACCGGGCGCGACAACCUCCGGCUCGUGCUCACGCUGCGCGGGUACGACCAGAAGCACGUCGACCAAGAAGUCGACAACUGGAUACGUAUCGUUGGGCUGGAGAAGUACGGCGACCGCGUGGUGGACACACUCUGGCACGCGCUGCGUACCCCACUCCCACUACCACUACCACUACCACUACACACUCUGGCACGCGCUGCGCCGGGGGCUGCGCCACCAGCGGGCCGUCAUCAUCACCUCGCACAGGUACCCCACUACCACUACCACUACCACUACCACUACACACUCUGGCACGCGCUGCGCCGGGGGCUGCGCCACCAGCGGGCCGUCAUCAUCACCUCGCACAGGUACCCCACUACCACUACCACUACCACUACCACUACCACUACCACUACACACUCUGGCACGCGCUGCGCCGGGGGCUGCGCCACCAGCGGGCCGUCAUCAUCACCUCGCACAGGUACCCCACUACCACUACCACUACCACUACCACUACACACUCUGGCACGCGCUGCGCCGGGGGCUGCGCCACCAGCGGGCCGUCAUCAUCACCUCGCACAGGUACCCCACUACCACUACCACUACCACUACCACUACACACUCUGGCACGCGCUGCGCCGGGGGCUGCGCCACCAGCGGGCCGUCAUCAUCACCUCGCACAGUAUGGACGAGAUGGAGGCGCUGUGCUCCCGCAUCGCGAUCCUGUCCACGGGGCGGGUCCGCGCGCUGGGCACGGCCGCCGCGCUGCGGGCUGCGCACGCGCAGGGACACGCCGUCGUCUUCAAAGUCACUAACGCACAGUCUACUGAUGAAGUGGACGGCGCCAAGCAACAGGUGGAUCGGCUGAAGGGGAAACUGCAGGAGACCUUCAACUGUUCACUCAAAGACGAACAUAAGACAAUGUUACACUACCACAUCAACGAUACGAUGAGGUACAGCGAGCUCUUCACAGAGUUGGAGGCUCUAAGGUCGGAGUUUCCAAACCUGAUUGAGGACUACUCCGUCACGGAGACAACCCUGGAGGAGGUGUUCCUCUCCUUCGCCAAGGAACAGCAGGCGAUCAACCAGACUGUCUAAAAAUCUUUAUGAACCUCGGGACAAAGGUAAUUUGCUUUGGAAGAAGAAAGAAGAUAUUUUAUCUUUUCUUCUUCACAAAAGUCUAUCAGGGUCACUUUAUGUGAUGUGUGAUGAUUUGUGGUCAAUAAAAGGGAAGUUUUCAAGUCAAAAAUAUGUUUUCUAUGGAUUUUACAGGUGUAAUACGUUGUGACUUGUAGUAGUUAUUACCUAUACGUCAAUUAACAGAGCUUAGUACGAUUUUGCUACUUUACACUGAACGAAAACGAAACAAGAGCGCGUCCUGCGCUCUCAUUGGUUGGCUUAUUCGUGCCGGCCAAUCAGAACGCCGAACGCGCUCCUAGUAACUCGUACUAAGGGUGAUAUAUAAGGGAAGAUAUACAAACCUUUUAUCGAAUUACCGAAGUAUUUGAAAGUAAAAUAAAUAUAUUUUUGACUGAGAAAACAUCCUAUUUAUGAGUGAUUUUAUCAAACAAGUUGUGUGCUUAGUAUUUCAAGAAUCCAUAACAUGAGAUAAAUGAAAGAAACUAACAUACCAGUUCCUUUUUUAGUUAGAAAUAAUUUGUGAAAGGCCCUGUAGCAUCUAACCUGUCGGUAUAUGAGACACAAUAGAAAACACAUUGUGUCUUGUGUAGAUCUGUGUUCCGACAUACAACGGGUUAAUCACAUAAACAUUCCACGAAGAUACUUGAGCGAACCACACAACUUGUUACCUUAAGACAUACAAAGGUACUCAAUCAAUUGCAACAUAUAACAAAUGUAUAAACAAUAUAUUUAUUUGUACAAAGUUAACUAACAAAAUAAUGUUCAAAGACUGUAGAAAAUCCUGUAUACAUAUUUCCAUAAAUAAUUGAACUUCUACAUUCCCGAUGAUAUAAGUGUCUAGUCAUAAAAUAGUAUUUUUCUAUACUAUAAUAUCUAGUUGUAUCUUUUGACAACUUUCAAACUUCCAUUACUGCGAACAAUAACUAUGAAAUAUCUGAAACUAAAUACUUAACUAAACAUCACGGUUUACUCACGUAAAUUUAUGGAGGAAAGCUCUACUAGUUUCGAGUCACAGGGGGACUCUUCAUCAACUUAAUCGCCGUGAUUUUUAGUUAAUUUAGUGUGUCUCACGAUAGUUAUUAAUAAAAAUAUAACUAAAUAGUUAUUAAUUUUGGGUCUGUGUGAAGUUUAUAGCCACGUAAAAGCGCGGAACGUCCAUCAAAAAGGUGUGCCAAUGGUCACAAGAAGCCUUCAAUUAUAAAUAUAGCAAAAGACUUAACUUCCAUUCUCAUAUAGAACAAAUAUUAUAAGAAUUUUCUAUAUUGCUGUUGUUGAGCAUCGUCCAUAUAUACCCGCUGACAAUAACAUAAGGAUGUUCAAAAGCUCUCUAAUAAAUAAAAUCGAUUUAACUUCAAUAAUAUUAUUUACGGCUUACUUACGAGGAUGCUCGACUAGUUUCAUGUCACAGCGGGGCUCUCAACGAGUAUGAAAGUUUGGCAAUCAGUUUCUAAUCAACGCGAGUUCCGUUUUGAAAAAGAUCUGAAAGUAUAACAUUAAGUAAACCGUGAACUCGCCUUGCUUAUGCUUACUUGUAUUGUAACAAGGUCUUAGGUUCGAUUAAAUCGUUUUAUUGAUGCAAAAUAUUGUGUGAAUGCUUAAAUGUAUUAAAUUUAAAUAGUGAACAAUCCAUUUGUUAAUUAAAACUGUGAAUCCCUCCAUUUGAAUGGAGUCCAAUGAAAUCAAUUGUUUAUUGUAUCAGUAUUAGACCUUUUUAAAUUGCAUUUUAGUUAUGAAAUCUUCAUUACGUCUGAUUGAACUAUUUAUGAUGCAGUUCAUCAGAUACUCACGAACAAAGAUCCAAUCAAUUUUAUUUCUCAAUCCGCAGUAUAUACUGAGUGUAAACAUAACGCUUUUUGCCUCGCUGUCAACCAGGCGUCAACCUACCGUAUGCACGUAACGAUAGCGUAUCAGCAGCGCCUGUACGUCAACUCGGCUACGGCUAGGUGACACCGCGCUUACGCCUCGCCGCCCCCUGGCUGACCUGGGGGCCUAGACAAAAUCCUAGCGGUAAACUUAAAAUUUUAAAUAAAACAUACGCGCAACACGAAUGAAAUACUCCUUGCGAAUGGCGGCGUCUUUAGCAGGCAAGUCGCGGGAGGGGAAAGGGGAAAGGGUGGACGAAGAGAUGUGAGCUCGGGUACGGAGAGACGUAAGCGCGGGGACGGAGAAACGUAAGCGCGGGGACGAUGAGCCGUAAGCGCGGGAAUUCAAGUUCGGAGCCUGUUCCGAGGCGAGGCGAUUACGUUAUUAUUCCGAUUAGUGUGCGUUGCAGUAGGGAGUUUAAUACAAACCAUUCUGAACGGCUCGAGGCGAUACGGUGACGAUCCCUUUCCGAUCCCAUAUGUGUGCUGAGAGCUUAAAGCUGUUGUUGCAAGUAUAACACGAAAACAAAAACUAUUAAAAUUAUAAAAAUAAAAGAUUAUUGUAGCGUUUUCCGGGAGCGUUCUGCUUACCUUGUGUAGAAAAAAACAUCAUAUGUAUAGAGUGGGAAGAAUUCUUCAUUAUCACUGAUAAUACUAAACUUAUACUUAAUAUUAUGUAAUUGUCUGUUUGUAUGAAAGACUAGCUUAUAACACGGAUGUAACAAUGCACUACACUUAGUGUCUCUCAAUUAUUACGAUAUUAUUUAAUAAAUAAGUGAAAACUACUGUAAAUUAAUAUAUACAUAUUAUGUACUUAAUCAUGUUUUAAGGUUUACGCCCGUAACUCUUUUUCAAGGUAACUCGACUACUUUCAAGUCAUGCUAGGGACUCUUAGAUAACGCGAUAAAACUUUAAUUGAAAAUAGUUGAGUUACCUUGUCAAACAGUUUUGUGAGUAAACUUUAAAACAUAAUUAAUUUAAUAUGUCGCAUGGGAUGUAUUAUGUACCAUAUUAUUCAAUGUAGCAACACUGAAAGUAUUUAUCUAUUUAUUUUUAUCGUCGUUGAGACUUUAAAACCUCUUGUUUAUAAAAGUAUACUUUAAUAAAAACACAAACAUAUAAUGAAGCCUUGAAAGGAAUAGGUUAGUUUUACAUAUUUAUUUUUCUUGUACUUUAUUAGGUGUAAUGGCGGGGUAUGAAAACUAAAAAUCUAUUUAGUCCGUCAGUUAUUUAAUGAAAAAAAUAUAAUUGGUCAUCUAUCCUAUUAUACGUUUUUAGUAAAGUUGUCUUUGAGGUGGAUCGAGGCGUUCUUUUUCCCAUACAAAUUUCAGGGUGCAGUUCCAUUGAGGCGGAGCGGAGCAGAGCGGAGAAGAGCUAUACCGCGAUUCACCAAUCACAUGGCUUGAAAAUCGUCAUUGGUGAAUCGCGGAGCGGCUCUUCUCCGCUCCGCUCCACUCCACUCAGUGGAACCGUAGCCUCAGCGUGGGGUUUUCCACCGCUCUAGCGUGAUGGCAUCGUACAUCCGAAAAUAAACAUGAUAUCGUUUUGUCUCAUUGUUAAUGUUAUCGCUACGGUUGCAGAAUUGUGGAAUAAUUAACCACAAAAUAAUUAACAAGUUAUAAGCCAACACAGUCUUGUAUUAUCCUGCUCAUUUUAGCGCAACUUUGGGUGCAGCAGUAGUUUAUUCAUAAAGUCCAAUCUUCGAAAGAGCAAUUAUUAUUUCCGCAGUCAUUUGACUAUCAAUAUAUCAUAUUUACCCGUCUCGGAGCAUAUCUCCAUAUUGCUAUUUAAUGAGUAUGUCUCACUUGCGCACUUGUAGGGUGGAACAACAUGUAUAUUUGCCUCACUGACGAGCAAGUUCGAGCUAUGAACUAGACCACUCUCUGGGUGUCAGAUAGCCUCGACGGAAGCCAAGUAUCCGCCAAGCUGGUCUAAAUUGGUGUUCACUCAGAUGCACCUACCCCUUUAGGGUCCGUAACGAGAUAUUUCUCAGCAUUUAAACAGCAACUAGACCGCUCUUAACACAUUGAACGCCGUGGUGGUCACCGGUGACCGACGUUAGUGGAGGAUUUGUCUUCAACAGUUUUCUAUUGGCAGUCAAAGACUUAAGUUUAAUUUUACACAUAAGAGGUCUUACAGUUUCAGGGACGAUAUUAAAAAUUUAAUGUAAGUGUGAAUAUGUAUAUGCUUUAGUGAAUACGGUAUUAUAUUAAAUUAAUGUGUAUAUAACAAAGCUGUAUAUAAGAUUAGCACGCUAGAUAGAAACGAAAGCUUUAUAUUCGUAAAACAAAAUUGGCAACUAUUUUUUGGUAUUAAAAAAGACAAAACUGACUGAUUUACUAGUACUUAUUGUAUCUGGAAGGAAAAUGUUAAUAUUUUAAUUUUACAAUGGAUUCUACAAUAUUGGUUGUAUGCCUGUCAAUGGUGAAAUAUAUUACUCAUGAUUAUUGUAAACUUUUGCUACAAACUAUUGAUAGAUCGGCCAGUAUGAGUUUCUUUUACGUUUAACAAAAUCAAACCUUACCACGUUUAGCCAUCUAAUUGGUUGGUUCAUUUGUGGUAACCAAUUAGAGCGCCGAACGUCAUGAACGUGUCGAUCACGUUAAACGUAAAACAAACUCGUACUAAGCCUUCAAAAAGAGUUUCAAAAUAGAUAACUUAAAGGUUUACUUUUUCUUCAUUCGGUAUCUACUAAACAGGACUAAAGUUCAUGUGUGACUCAUGUAAUAGGCGGUAAGCCUAUUGCCAUAUACCGGGCACAAUUCCAAACUUCUUGAAAAGCCCAAUAAUGCUUUGCCCGACACGAGAAUUAGGGAACGGAGUUACCUUAACCUCGAAAUUUUUGAAACAUGUUUUAUAAAUUACAUUACUCGCAAAAGUUUUACAUAGUCAUGAGUCAGCACUAUUCCUUGUAUUAUUUAGGUAUCUCUUUGUGUUUUAUAUGCACAACAUAUUUUUCUAGUUGUAAGGGACCGAAAUUAGUUAGUAUCCCUUAAUUUUAUAUGCCAUAAAUGCCAGUGGUUGGCAAAGUAUAGGUGCCAGUAAAACUGGCGUGCCAAGCAUUGGCUUUUAUGAGGGUAUUUUUAAAAAAAGUAUUUUUUGCGAUCGAUGUAUUGCAAAAAUAUGUAAAGCUACUUAGAAACCCAAAUGGAUGAUGGCUACAAGAUAUAUUUUCUAAUUCUUUAUAUUAAUCAAUUCUUAAAACUUUAUUUUACCUUUAUCAAUGUGAUUUUUCAUGAUUAUAUAUUUAUUGUAUUCAGUUUUAUAUUCUCUUUAUUUUUAUUUUAAGUAAUUUUAUAAAGUUGUAUUCUUUUAUUUAUAUUUUUUAUUUAUUUACUUUUAAAUAAAUGUUUUAAGUGAAAAUAAGUUCUUUUCAUUCGAAUGCUUCUAUUUACAAUUUAUACUGCCGCUUUAUUUAAAUGUAAUCAAUUAAAUUAGGUUUAAGAUGUUACUACUGCAAUAGUCAUAACAACAUGCAACAUUUUAUACAAAAUAAAGAACUAAGUUCAUA